AUGUCCGAUGAAACACACCUAACAAACCGCUUUUCUCCUCCUAUUUUAGAUUCAGGUCAAUGCACCGAUUAUGAGGGCCGACCGGAUAAUUCGGAGAUGCCGGAAGAAGAUCUACCGGGACAACCACCACCAAAUAGUACGAACGGAGAUCUUUAUGUCGAACCAGUGUCUCAGAAAACGAAAGAAGCAGCAGCACAUGCUAGUCGGCAACUAGACGAGCUGAUGGCUUCUCUUCAGCAACUCAAGCAUCUACCUCACAACAAUCCUCCACCGUACAAUCAACAAAUGAAUAAAAAACCGUCUCCCUCAACACAGCGUGGACCUCUAUCCAAGAACGCCUGCUCAUGCAUUGAACAACCCUCUGAAAUAGCCGAAGAAUUGAUUUAUCCAAGCCCAAUUAAUAACGACAAGGCUUUUCUGAAGUCAACUAACGGUAAUCCUGUUUCCCAGCAACAGAACAACACCAAUGGUGAUAGCAAUGUGGUACCCAAACAACCUACUCCAACUACCUUAUGUCGACAUUGUAAUCAAUCAGUUGUUGGAAAAGUAAUAACUGCGCUUGGAGGAGUCUGGCAUCCAGAGCAUUUCAACUGCUCCUACUGUGGCAAGAACGUCGUGGAAGAGUACUUUUAUGAGCACGAAGGUGCUCCGUAUUGCACUGAAUGCCACCUUUCUCUGUUCGCCCCGAAGUGCGCUUUCUGCGGUGAAGCGAUAGUUGAUAGGUGUUUGGAAGCGAUGGGCUAUUACUGGCAUCCGGAUCAUUUCUUCUGUCAGGAAUGUCAUACGCCAUUCGUUGACAAUGCAACAGCUCAUGAACAUCAGGGAAAAGUCUUCUGUCAAAAUUGCUACUACUUCAAAUUUGGUGAAAGAUGUGGUGGAUGUCGAAAACCCAUUACAGAUGCUUACAUCAUGGCCGUAGAUCAGCCAUGGCACGAAGAGUGCUUCAAAUGCAAGGAUUGUGGCGUGAACUUAAAAGGCAGGAAUUUCUUCCCAGAGGACGGCUACCUCUACUGCGAGUUGCAUCACAGACGCAACGCUGGCAUGGUUUGUGCUGCAUGUGGGGAGCCAAUCGUUGGUAGUAGGUGCAUCAAUGCUAUGGGAAAUAGAUAUCAUCUCCAACAUUUCGUCUGCACAUACUGCCUUCGCCAACUAAGUACUGGGACCUUCAAGGAGCGACUAGGCAAGCCCUACUGCGACCCCUGCUUCCGACAACUCUUCGGGUGA